GAUGAUGCUUAGGGGUGUAAAUUAGUGCGGUGGGCGUAUUUUAAAAGUGUUUCCGCGUUAAAUGCACAGCUGUACGGUCGCAAACCGCCAACAGAUCAGCCGUUUACCUCAGCAUCGCACUGUAGCAGUUCAAUUAAGCCGGACCGGUACUUUUAUGUAAACAAAACGCCGAAUACAAGAUGGCUUGGAGAUUCAAAGCCUCGAAGUACAAAAACGCCACCCCUAUCGUCCCGAAACCGGAGACGUACAUAAGGGAUAUUACGGUGGGGUCGUACCAAACUUAUGGCAAUAACAUCACUGCCUCCGCCAGGUUUAUGGCCUUCAAUUGGGACCAUGCAGGUUCGAGCCUGGCAGUACUGCCCAUUGAUGAUUGUGGGAGGAAGAGCAAGCUUAUGCCUUUGUUGCAUGCACAUUCGGACACUGUGACUGAUAUGGAGUUCUCCCCAUUCCACGAUGGGCUGUUGGCCACUGGAUCUCAGGAUUGUUUAGUUAAAAUCUGGCAUAUUCCGCCUGAGGGAUUGCAGGAAUCGUUGAGCAACGCCGAAUGCACGUUCUCGCACAAACAGCGUCGCGUCGAAACGGUCGGGUUCCACCCGUGCGCCGACUUCCUUCUGCACUCCACCUCCUACACUACCUUCACCCUCUGGGACCUGAUCUCCGAGCGUGAAUUGUUCUCGAACGCCGACCACACCGAGGUGAUCCAGUCGGUGAGCUGGAAACGAGAUGGUACGCUGGUCGCCACCUCGUGCAAAGACAAACAGGUCCGCAUCCUCGAUCCGAGGAUCGAGAACGCGUGCACCAAAACGGCGAACAGUCACCAGAGCAUCAAAGAUUCGAGGGUCGUUUGGCUGGGCGACCAGAACAAAAUCCUGACCACCGGUUUCGAUUCGCAACGUUUGAGGCAGGUGAUUAUCAGGGACUUGAGGAACUUCUCCGAAGCGGAAAAGUCGCUGGAGCUCGACUGUUCCACGGGGAUUUUGAUUCCCUUGUAUGAUCCGGAUACUGGGAUGCUUUUCCUGGCGGGAAAAGGCGACACCACUAUUGGUUACAUGGAGGUGACCGACAAGGAGCCGUUCCUGAUCGAGGGUAUUCGACAUUCCGGCGAACAAACCAAGGGUGCCUGUUUGGUGCCCAAGCGGGCCUUGGAUGUGAUGAACGCUGAAGUCAACAGAAUUUUACAGUUGACCAGCAGUUCUGUCAUUCCAAUCACUUAUCAGGUUCCCAGGAAAACUUACAGGGAUUUCCAUGCGGAUAUUUAUCCGGACACACCUGGAUAUAAAACAGAGCUGACUGCUCAGCAGUGGAUUGAAGGCAAGAACGCCACUAUAACUAAAAUGAGUCUUGAUCCGUCUAAGAGGGAACUGGGAAAGGAGCCCAUAAUUAUUCACAGGGGAAGUUUGGCAGCACUAAGGGAGGAACAGGAGAAGAAUACGAUGAAAAAAUCGGAUACAGCACCGAAAAUAACCGGGGCAAUCGAAAAGCCCGAGUUCCAUCCGGUGAGGUCGAUAAUCAAGGACAUCGAGAAAGAGAAACACGCCUCAGAGGACAACCACAAAAACGAGGACAACAAAAUGAAGUGCACGUUUGACAAGAAGAGCUCAGAGAACCUCGUCUCCGAAACCAACAAACUAAACCUGGAGGAAAACGAAAAGAACGUACCCCCCAAACCCUUACCCCGAGCUUCCAGGACCAGUUCAGUGUGCGAGACCAUGGAGGACGUGGCGCCGAAGCCGGUGGCCCGGCCACGCACCAACAGCUGCGCCCCCGUUGUCACUUCCGUCAACCCCAACGUGCCCAUCGCGGGCGGAUACAAGCCACGUUUGGGUCCAAAACCGUUCACGCCUCCCAAUUUGGGCACCACCGACUUCAAGUUCGCCGUCCCCGCAGUGCCGGGCAGCAACGGAGUGUACGAACAAAAGUCACCAGAUUUUGACUCGCAGGAAAAGGAAAAGUCCCCCACCAGCGACAUCGAAGCGAAAGCGGAAGCGGAGAACGGAAAAUCCGGUUCCUCGGGCGAGGAGGAGACAAACUCCGACUCGGGUUAUAUUCCGAAAACGCCGAGCACUGCCGAACGCAGAAAAAUGUUCGAGGUGCGUGGUAGCUCGAAGGAAGAGCCGGAGGACUCGUUCGACGUCACCGACCAAACGAAUUUCGAAAGGGCGUCGCUGCAGCGCAGCAGCAUCGCCGAGAGGCGAAAGAUGUACGAGAGUAGAUCGAUGUCGGUGCAGGAGACGCCGAGCGUUGUGCCGGAGAAGCCGGGCAGUUCUCCAGUUAUGUUGAGGAGGAAGGAUUCCUUGAAAAACAGGAAGAGCGCUGAGGAGGUCAAAGACGAGAACAACAGGAAGAGUGUGCCGAUUCCUAAGCAACAAUCGUUGGAUCCACAGGCUAUGCGCAAGAGCGAAGCUGUUCCUACCCCCAAGAGAACCUCUACAGUAUUCGGGCGUGUCUCCAAGUUCCGUCACUUAAAGGGCACUCCGGCUCAUAAGUCACAGCACAUCGAGAACAUACGCAAUUUGAGUCGCCAAAUAUCCGGAGAAUGUGACGGUUUUCAUGCUAACCCUAAAAGGGUGGCAGUACCAUUAAGUGGCCCUGGAGGUAAAAUUGCUAUUUUUGAGCUGAGCAAGACGGGUAAGCUGCCGGACGGCGUAAUUCCCGCAUUGGUUCAUGGCAACAAUAUAAUGGACUUCGCCUGGGAUCCGUUCGACAAUGAACGCCUGGCCGUCGCUUGCGACGACGGCGUCGUCAAACUCUGGAGGAUACCAGAGGAUGGUUUGAUGGAACCAACCAACGAACCAGAGAGUGUGAUUAGCGCCCACUCGGACAAGAUUUAUUUCGUUAAAUUCCAUCCCACUGCCAAGGAUGUAUUUGCCACUGGUUCGUACGACAUGACAAUAAAGAUCUGGGACCUGGCAACCUUGUCGGAGAAGAUCGUGCUCACCGGCCAUACAGAUCAGAUGUUCAGCUUCGCGUGGUCACCGUGCGGCCAGUACUGCGCCACUGUGAGCAAAGACACCAAGAUCCGUAUCUACAAACCGCGUGCCAGCGACGCCCCCAUAAAAGAGGGCAAGGGCCCCGUGGGCAACAGAGGCGCACGCAUCGUUUGGGCUCUGGACGGCAAUUUCAUCGUCACGAUGGGCUUCGAUAAGGUUUCCGAGAGACAGAUCACGGCGUACAAGGCCAGUGACUUGUCUUCGUUGAACACCGUCGGACUGGACGUCUCGCCGGCGAUUUUAAUACCGUUCUACGACGACGACAGUUCUACAUUGUUUGUCACGGGAAAAGGCGACUCUACCAUCUAUGCCUUCGAGAUUACGGAGGAGGCUCCGUACAUUUGUCCGCUUAGCCAUCACAGAUGUAACUCUUUGCAUCAGGGUUUGUCGUUCCUCAGCAAAAACGUGUGCGACGUGUCUAACGUUGAGUUCGCCAAGGCGUUAAGACUCACCAAUAACACCAUUGAACCGCUUUCCUUCACCGUUCCCAGAAUAAAGACUGAUUUAUUCCAAGACGACUUAUUCCCACCCACAAGAGUGACAUGGCAACCCACCAUGACCAGCACUGAAUGGUUCGCUGGAAAGGACAAAUUGCCAUUGAGAAUCAGUCUAAAACCCGAAGGAAUGGAUAAUUUGAGUGAGUCUCAGGGACAGGCGGGAUCCGGCGAAAGAACCAUCAACAAGUCGGCGUCGACCCCGUUCAUCGGUUCAAAUCAGCCGUACAACAGGCUGGGCUGGAACGCCGACCUGGCGACUCAAACGAAGAGCAAACAGGAAGAGAUUCAGAGGUCAGUCAGUAAUAAGUUAGAAAUCAACUUAAAGUUAGAGCAAGACGAAAUGGAAGGUGUAGACGAAAAAGAGUGGAACGAUUGAAGAGUCGAUCAGGGAGUUGCAAACGCAACACUUUAGGGUAAAGUUAAGUAACAAAAUAUGAAGAAACAAACAAAAAAAACAUAACAUCCCGUAAUUUUAAAAACCCGCCUUAUACACUUAUGAUUUUUUUUAUUAACUACGGUUCAUAAAACCACUAGGGUUAAGUACAUAUAAAAUGCAUUUAUACUCUUCUAAGCUUUUUAUCAAUUUAUUUUUAUAUCAAUAAACUUUCCACCAUUUUUUAUCCAUUUAGGGAAUAAGAUGCCAUUUUUAAUGAGAAAGCAUUUUAGGUAGCCAUAAUUAUUAUCCAGUGAUAUUGUACCUAAUUUUUACGUGUUUUGCAACGUUUCAUGCUCAUUCAUCUCAUCAUAAUAAUUGCAGUAUUGAAUGAGUGCCAUGUUUAAAACAAUGCGCCUAUGAAAGAGACGCGUAAAAAUAAAUAUAUAGUGCGGCUUUAUUUUAUUUCUAGUAGGUUCAAUUACAUGUUUCGUGCAAUAUUGAAAUUUUUACCACUUGUCCCGUUUCAUAGAUGCAUUGCUCUUAAAAUAUCUUACAUUAUUAAGUAAAAACAUUUUCGGUUAGUUAAAAAAUAGGUAUACAUUUGUGUUUUGACGUCUAGUCAGGUUUAAUCGCUUUAAAUAAAUAAUCUUGAUAUGUGAUCUCUAAAUACUCUAGCGAAUUGGUAUAAUUUACAAAACAUUCCAAAAUUUCUUAGAACACUGCCCAUUUCCAUGACAUUUUUUUCUUGAGUUUAUAGUUGGUGUUUUUUUGCCAUAUUUUUGUUUUUGAUUUUGUGCCAAAAACAAGCUGACCAAAACAUCAUGCUCAUUUUUAUCCAGAACUUUAAGUGAUCGCUCAAAACAAUCCGUUUUUACUGAAUAUGUAUUUUGAUAUAUUUUUAGUCAUUUAAGUGCUAUAUGACAAUGGUAUUACUUUUUUAAUAAUUUAUUUUAUAUGUGUAUUUAUAUUAUUUGUAUUAGUGUUGUGACAUAGUGUAAGCCAUAUGUAUUAACCAUAAUAAAAUGUAUUAAAUUAUUUCUAAA